AAGUGGCAGAGGAGGAGUGAAGGAUGGAUCCCAACUGGUGGCUGGCCGGCGAGCGACGGAAUCCGACUUCUGAAUCAAACUCAGAAUAUUCGAGUGAUGAUGGCAGCGAAUCUGGCUUAAUUGCUACCGGAUUUUGCGGUGAGGAUGAAGCCAUGAAAGACGAUUUUCAAGCUAUAACGGAAGCUGCAAUGGAAGGAGAGUCUUUUGAAAAUUUUGAAAUAAAUGGGAUGGAGAUGUGUGGGCUGGAUGGGGCAGACUUAGUUGGGCCAGAGGGGGAAGAUUUAAUUGGGCUGGAGGGUGUGGACAUAGUUGGGCCAGUAGCAAUGAGAAUUGGCGAGCAACGGGUUGCAGGAGGAUCUUCUCUCAAACCCAGAUCUGGGUUUUUCUCAAACUCAAAUCUGAUUUUCACACAUAAAUUACCUACAUCACAUCGGCACCACCCACGGUCAUCGGUGUUGUCCAACAUCCUUCUAUUUGAUAAUCUCGACCCAUGCAUCGCCGACGUCAAGAUUGGAAACAUCAGGCGCAGAAAGGGAAGAGAUGAUGAAGGAAAUAACCAAAGUGGCAUCGAAUUUGAUGUGUAUUGUUUUGGAGUUAUUUUGAUAGAGUUGUUGACGGGAACACAGGGGAUGAAGGAGAGCGUGAAGCGCGAGGAAGUUUGCGAAGGAAGGGGUUGGGAUUGAGGUGUUAGACUUGAGGGUUUUUCUUAUUGAAUUUGGAUGGCUAGAUCUGGGUUUUUCUUCCUCUCCAAAACAAACCCAGAUUUGGGUUUGAACAGGGCACGAGUGAUCAAGGUGAAGGUGAAGAAAAUGAGGGUAUAGAUUUGGUUUUGUUCUUUUGCUUAUUUUGUGUUUUCUAUGUGUAUUUUCUGAGUUGAUUAAGUGGUUUUCGUGUUGAUUAUUUUCGAGA